UCACGCGUACAUCCGGCGCGGUCUGGACGUGCUGCUCUGAAUUGUAUUAAAAAAGAUUUGCUUUAGAAGAGCGGCAAAUAAUUGUUUACUUGUAAUACAAAGUUUAUGAAUAAGUGAAUUUUCGUUAAUAAUAAAAUAUAUAAUUGAAAAGUGGUGUUACUGGUUUUGCAGUUGUUCUGUGUAAAAUUACUGUAUGCCAAGUGCAGUGAGUGAUAAGAAGUUAGUGCUAGUGAAAAGUGGGUCAGUUUUCGGAGUGUGAGCUUGUGCAAUAAAUUUAUAAAAAAUAUUUUUUUAAAGUAGAAUGAUCUUACUCUGAAAACGAUACGAAAUCAAAAUGACAGCUCGAACGAUCCUGGUAUGGGUGUGUCUGCUCGGUGUGUGUUACGGUCAGCGGGCUGAACAUCUGUUGGCCCAGAAUCCAUGUUCCAGCAAAACAACUUGUAGUGACUGUGCAAGGACAGCGACUUGCGCUUGGUGCUUCGCCCCUGAGUUUAAUGGACCGAGAUGCUUCAAUCCUGCCAUGGAAGGAGGCACCGCAGGCUGUGAUGAAGCCUACAUCUUUAACCCUGAUAAUCAGCAGUCUAUCGAUCCCAUGUACAACAGAGAGUUGACAAGAGCGAAGGGCCGUAUGGGUAUUGGGAUGGAGUCGGGUUACUACGAAGAGUCUAUGAGUAGUAGUAGUAGUAGUAGCAGCAGUGGUAGUAGCGUCAAAGGCGGUGGUGGUUACAUGGCUGCUGGAGCUGGUGAAAACCUGGUGCAAAUUAAACCGCAACGUGUUAAACUGCAGUUACGUAUGAACCAAAUGCAAAAGAUGUCGUUCUCGUACGCGCAGGCGCAAGAUUAUCCAGUUGAUUUGUACUACCUUAUGGACUUGAGUAGGUCGAUGAAAAACGACAAAGAAAAGCUGAGUACUUUGGGCAGUUUGUUGUCAAGUACAAUGAGAAAUAUUACAUCCAACUUUAGGAUUGGAUUUGGGUCUUUUGUGGAUAAACUCGUGAUGCCAUACGUGUCUACUGUGCCGAAGAAUUUGAUUUCACCGUGCGAUGGAUGCGCUGCUCCUUAUGGAUACAAAAAUCAAAUGUCACUCAGCAAUGACACCGACUUCUUUGACAAAGCAGUAGCCCAAGCUGACGUGUCAGGAAACCUGGAUGCUCCCGAAGGUGGUUUCGACGCCAUAAUGCAGGCCGUGGUCUGCAAACAGGAGAUUGGCUGGAGGGAACACGCCAGGAAACUGCUCGUCUUCUCAACUGACGCUGGGUUCCAUUAUGCGGGAGAUGGAAAGCUGGGUGGUAUUGUUCAACCGAAUGAUGGGGAGUGCCACAUGGAAGACAACUCGUACACACACUCUACAGUGCAAGAUUAUCCCAGCAUUUCGCAAAUUAAUCUUAAGGUGAAAGAGCAUGCUAUCAACGUAAUUUUUGCCGUAACGGCUGAGCAGAUUAAUGUGUAUGAGCAAUUGAGCAGACAUAUUGAGGGCUCCAGCAGUGGAAUACUUAGUGAUGACUCUGAUAACGUUGUGGACUUGGUCCGGGAACAGUAUAAUAAAAUAACGUCGACAGUUGAAAUGAAGGACACGUCAAGUGAUGCAGUGCAGAUUAUGUAUUAUUCGUCGUGUUUGGGAAGCAAAGAUAAGCUCGUACAAACGAAUAAGUGUGAAGGACUAAAGGUAGGAGACGUGGUCGAAUUCUCAGCCGAAAUUACCCUGAAGGAGUGCCCCAAGGACCCGAGCAAGUGGCGACAGACAUUCACGAUAUAUCCUGUGGGAGUUUCUGAAAGUCUCACUGUUGAACUUGACAUGCUCUGUGACUGUCCCUGCGAGCACCCGGGACACCAUGCUUACAAUGACAGUCCGCUAGUGUGCAGUGGUCAAGGCAUAUCUGCUUGUGGUGUCUGCGUGUGUCAUCCAGGACGUUUUGGCAAGAGCUGUGAAUGUUCAGCUCACAGCGGAGUAUCCUUGGAACAAGAGAGAGGAUGUCGACCGACGAACGCAACGUCUGGACCACUUUGUUCCAACCGGGGUACCUGCAUCUGUGGUGUCUGCGAGUGUAAUAAGAUGGAUGAUGUGCUUAAGGUGAUAUCGGGUCCAUUCUGCGAAUGCGAUAACUUCACGUGUGAUAUGAAUCACGGCGAGAUUUGUUCCGGUCCGUCCCAUGGCGAGUGUGUCUGUGGCAAGUGCAACUGUAGGCCAGAAUACACAGGUCCCGCCUGUCAGUGCCUAAAGGAUCAGAGCGCCUGUAUAUCACCAGAGAACGGCAAGAUUUGCAGCGGAAAUGGUAAAUGUGUGUGCGGUCAGUGUGUGUGCAGUGUGGACGACGACCGACACUACACCGGCAAGUUUUGUGACAACUGUCCUACCUGCCCAGGUAGAUGUGAAGACUUUAAGCACUGCGUACUUUGUGAGGUCCAUAAACGAGGGCCGCUCUACAAUCCGGAUCAACCGGGUCGGGACUGUGGCGAGUGCGCUCUUUAUCCGGAAGUUGUCGAGGGCAAGAUUGAAGCCAACGAAACAUUGAACGAGCACUUGUGCAGUUUCUACGACGACGAAGACUGUUUGUACGUAUACGUUUAUUCGUACAACGACACACGCACCGUGCACAUACGCGCGCAGAAGGAACACGAGUGUCCCAGAAAGGUGUUCAUCUUAGGCAUAGUUCUGGGUGUGAUUGCGGCGAUAGUCCUUGUGGGUCUGGCGCUACUGAUGCUGUGGAAGAUGGUCACCACGAUACACGAUCGAAGGGAGUUCGCCAGAUUUGAGAAGGAGCGUAUGAUGGCCAAAUGGGACACUGGAGAGAAUCCAAUUUAUAAACAGGCAACAUCCACAUUCAAAAAUCCCACAUACGCGGGAAAAUAAGCGAAACAGUGAUUAUCACUGGUAGUGGUUACUAAGUCAUCAGUAUUUGAAUAUUAUUGUAAAGAUGUACUGUCAGCAAAAUAUUAUCGCAUUUAUAUUUUGUGAAAUCGUUAUUGACUAUAUACGUAUUGAUGACGGAAUCUCAUUGCUAUUUUAAGCAGUGUCAACGUUAUAGAAACUGUUUUGUCUCUUUCCGUCGAAUUGUAUCAACGUUGUGAUAAAAGGAGACAAAUAAUGCUAUUGUUGAACAGUAUAAUUAUAUUUUGUUUUUGAAGGGUUUUAUAUAACGGAUUAACCAUUAUGGUAACAUCGAUUAGUUAACGUAUUAACGCCUUAAAAAAAUGCACGCACAAAUGUAUACAUUCGUUUUAUACCCGUUUUUAAUUAAACUCAAAGCCUAAUUUAAGUUUGUUGUUAAUAAUAAAAAUAACCGGUUUGUACCCGUUUUUAAUUAAACUCAAAGCCUAAUUAAAGUUUGGUAUUUAAAAAUAAAAAUAACCGGUUUGUACCCGUUUAUUUAAAUCGAGUUAAAUGAAUCUAAAAUAGCGCUGCGUACAUACGUACGUAUAGCGUACGUUUUAUUAAUGAUCUGAUUUACAUUCGUCGAUUUUGCUGAUAGUACAAUAUAGAUGCCUUACUAUGUGCCUUUACAUUGAUCAGAAUUAUACUCCACUCCAAAAGAAUUGCGAAAUGGGUCACUAACUGGUUAUGACGUGACGUCAUUUCGCUGACACUGUCAAAUAUUAUGUCAUAAAAUAUACUUUUUUUUACGUUUUAUGUCUUUGAUUGUAUGUUAUUAUUGUGAUUUUUGUAUAUAAAAUCGAAUUCUUAAAGGCCGGUAACGCACUCGCGAGCCUCUCCGGCAUUUAGUGGCCAUCGCCGCCUGUCGGCGUAGGCGUUCUAUGAGAAAUAAAUUCUAGCUACGCCGCCAUCUUCUUUUUGCCUUAAUGUUUUUUUACUUCUACUUUAUGGACUAUUUUGCUUUGCUACCCCAUAGAGACUGUUUUUUUCUGUAUUAAAAUCCUAUCACUAAAUACAACUUUUUUUUUUGUCUACAUAAAAACCUUUCUCGGUAUCACAAGGAAUAAAUAAAAAUAAACUAGAAAUGCCGUCUUCUAAUUUUGGGUAUAGCAACAUAUUUUGCGAGACAUUUUUAUUUAUAUUACAUAUGUUUAUAUGUGGAAUCGUAUAAUAAUUUAUUGUUUGGUAUUAUAGACCAUAAAGAUCGCAUGUAAUGGUCAGAUGGUAAAUUAAAAAUACUUUAUGCGAUUUUUUUGUACUGUAAAUUUCUAACGUUUUUAAUAAAUUCUUUUGGAGUGUAGUACAUGAAUGUCUCCCAUGAUCUAAUCUCAUAGUACGCGUUUUGUACUUAUGUGUGUGUGGUUUAACGUUAGUUUUAAUUAAUAUAUUUUGUAGAUAAUAUUCACAAAGCACUGCCUGUAUUUAUUUUUUUAUAUUUCAAAAGUGUAUAGUGCCUUAAUGCUAACAGUGCCAUUACUAAUA